AUGGACACUGCUGUAAUUGGGAACUCCCCAGUAAAACAAAUCAGCCCAAGUGAAUUGUUACCACUGGAAGAAAAUAACUCUGCAGCUGUUCCUGUAGGUUCAGGAACCUACGGGGAUUGUAUUUUAAAAAAGUUUACAAGAUUUGGGAUAACAAUUCUUGAGAAAAAAGUACCAACUUCAGAUUUAACAGCCGUCAUGAAUGAAGCACAGUGCAUGAACACACUAACUCAUCCAGCAAUCCCUCAUUUAUUAGGAGUCCAAAUUGAUGGAAAACCUUACUCUUUGGUCAUGCAGUUUCUUGGUGUGGGUAUGGAGUCAGUAACAGUUCAUAAACUCCUGCACCAAGACAUGGCAAAACAUCUGUUACUAUCAACAAACGAAUGGAUCUCCGUUUUACAUGACAUCUCAGAAGCUCUUUUCCAUGUCCACCAGAAAGGAUUCUUACACUGUGAUGUGAAGUCAAAUAAUGUUCUUGUCUCAGGGAAGAAAGGUUACUUGAUAGAUUUUGGUAAGGCUUGUCUAAUUGCCAGGCCAGCAGCUCGAAAGUACACUUCGUUUUACAAUCACAUUGCCUCGGAAGUUUUGCGAGGACGUCCGGUGAGUAUGUCCAGUGAUGUAUUUUCACUUGGGGUUAUCAUAUAUAGUGUUGGAAAGGCAUUGCCACAUGCAUGUCUGAAUUCCUUGGGGAAGCAGUGUAAGGAUACCAAGCCAGCAUCAAGACCAUCAAUCCCAGAAGUGGUAAGAAUCUUGGAGGGGAACUUGCAGUGAGGACUUUAAUCUUUCC